CCAUGGAUUCCAGACUGGGAUGAGGGUCAUGAUAUCAUUCUGGGAUGGAAAGGAAGGAUGAAUUGGCGGCGGCGAUGCAUUUAAGCAGACGGAAGGAGGCGUUUAGAGAGAAAAGAGAGGAAAAGGAAAGACGCCCACAGUUCCCAUAAUGCCUGCAAUAAAACUACAUUUCCCGUGAUGCUCCCGUAAAGUGCGUGAGAAGGGAAAACUCCAAGUCCCGCGAUGCUCUCGGCGACGGAGGUUGAACCGGAAGACGCUUCCUUGCUUUGAGACGUGAAGAGACUGGUACUGAACAACCAAAAGUCCGAUAUGAAACUGUAUUGCCUGUCAGGGCACCCAACUUUACCAUGCAAUGUGCUCAAAUUCAAAUCCACCACUAUUAUGUUGGACUGCGGACUGGACAUGACUUCCACCCUCAAUUUCCUUCCUUUGCCUCUUGUUCAAAGUCCCAGGCUGUCUAAUCUUCCUGGCUGGUCUCUAAAAGAUGGAAAUGCUUUUUUGGACAAGGAGCUAAAAGAAUGCUCGGGUCAUGUAUUUGUGGAUUCUGUGCCUGAAUUCUGCCUACCAGAGACCGAGCUAAUAGACCUGUCUACAGUCGAUGUGAUUCUCAUCUCUAACUAUCACUGCAUGAUGGCGCUGCCCUACAUCACCGAGCACACAGGAUUCACAGGCACAGUGUAUGCCACAGAACCCACCAUGCAGAUCGGCAGGCUUCUCAUGGAAGAGCUGGUGAAUUUCAUCGAAAGAGUGCCAAAGGCCCAGUCUGCCUCCUUGUGGAAGAAUAAGGAUAUACAGCGGCUGCUGCCUUCUCCUCUCAAGGACGCAGUGGAAGUAUCCACCUGGAGAAGAUGCUACACAAUGCAGGAAGUGAACUCUGCCCUGAGUAAAAUCCAGCUGGUGGGAUAUUCUCAGAAAAUUGAGCUUUUUGGUGCUGUUCAGGUGACCCCUCUAAGCUCUGGCUAUGCCCUAGGAAGCUCCAACUGGAUUAUCCAGUCCCAUUAUGAGAAAGUAUCUUACGUCUCCGGAUCCUCGUUGCUUACCACACACCCUCAGCCCAUGGACCAAGCUUCUCUCAAAAACAGCGAUGUUCUGGUUCUCACAGGACUCACGCAGAUCCCUACUGCCAACCCCGACGGCAUGGUGGGCGAGUUCUGCAGCAACCUGGCUCUGACAGUGCGGAAUGGAGGAAACGUGUUGGUUCCCUGCUACCCAUCGGGAGUGAUCUAUGACCUCCUGGAGUGCUUGUAUCAGUACAUCGACUCCGCUGGCCUCUCCAACAUCCCCUUCUACUUCAUCUCCCCAGUGGCCAACAGUUCACUGGAGUUUUCCCAGAUUUUUGCUGAGUGGCUUUGUCACAACAAACAGAGCAAGGUGUAUCUCCCAGAACCGCCUUUCCCGCAUGCAGAGCUCAUUCAGACCAAUAAGCUGAAGCACUACCCCAGCAUCCAUGGAGACUUCAGCAAUGACUUCAGACAGCCGUGUGUGGUGUUCACUGGGCAUCCUUCCCUCCGGUUUGGGGACGUUGUCCACUUCAUGGAGCUCUGGGGGAAGUCUAGUCUCAACACUGUCAUAUUCACAGAGCCUGAUUUCUCCUACCUCGAGGCCCUGGCUCCUUACCAACCGCUGGCCAUGAAGUGCAUCUACUGCCCGAUUGACACUCGCCUGAACUUCAUCCAGGUGGCGAAGCUGCUUAAAGAAGUGCAGCCCCUGCACGUGGUCUGUCCUGAGCAGUACACCCAGCCACCCCCAGCCCAGGCCCACAGGAUGGACCUCAUGAUCGACUGCCAGCCACCACCCAUGUCCUAUCGACGGGCUGAGGUCCUUGCCCUGCCCUUCAAACGACGCUAUGAGAAAAUUGAAAUCAUGCCAGAGGUGAGCUGCUGUCCUUUUGCCCUUAAACUUGAGUUUUGCCGAAGUCCCUCAGGGACCCGGCCAGUCUGUCACAAACGGAGGAAAGAACACAGACCCUCAGGCACAUCCUCCUCUUUUGAACAGCAUGGUUUCAGUGACAUUAAGGUGGAAGACACAGCCAAGGGCCAUAUUGUCCUGCUGCAGGAAGCCGAGACACUCAUCCAGAUUGAAGAAGACUCAACUCACAUCAUCUGUGACAAUGACGAGACUCUGAGGGUACGAUUGCGGGACCUCGUCCUCAGGUUCCUACAGAAGUUCUGAGUGGGGCAUCCAUGAACUCCAAGGCCUUUCACCUCAGACAGUCUGGUGGUGGUCUCUGACUUCCAGAGAGGAGAGGUGUCUCUGGGCCAGGACCUGCAUGUCCUUGUACUGCCGAAGCCAAGAACUUUGGGGAUCCUGUCCUUUGCGGCUCCGGAGCUCUUGAGCAGCUUGGACGACAGCAUGACAGGUGUCCUUUCCUAAGGGAAGUGUGAAAAUGGCUGGCCUAUGUAUGUUUCAGGGCCCGAAGGGGGCGGCUCUUGACUUCCCUGCCUACAGUACUUCACCGGAUAAAGGACUGUCCCCCAAACCAGAAAGCAAGCCUACAGCUCUGUUCUGGGGCCCCUUCUCCUAAAAUAAACAUUAUUUUUAUAGAAGUA